AUGGAGGCUGGUUCCGGAAGCUGCGCCCCUCGACGCGUGACGUCACUGUCGGGCUCCUUCGUCCCCGAGAGCAUUCUGAUCGUGUACUUCACAGCUACCUUCCCCUGCGUGGUCCUCGUCGUGCUGUUGGUGCGGGGAGUGCUGCUGCCCGGCGCCCUGCAUGGCAUCAUCUGCUCUCUCAAGCCUGACUUGUGGAAGCACUCACUGGGUCGUGAGUGCCGGCACCACGUGGGGCGUAGAGAUCACGCACGCAAGGAUGUCAAAGAAUUGAAAACACUAAAGGACCCUUGUCAGGACUUCAGGGAAGCAAGCAGCAGCGUAAUAAACUGGAAAAACACUUUGGGGAAGGAUGAUACAAGUGAGAGCCAACCACAAGGAGCUCUGAGAAUUGUGGGUUCGGAACCUCAGGGAAUGAGGCCUCUGAUGACACGGGAGUAUAGAAUGGGCAGUGGGGCCGACCUAGCCAGCUGUGCCAGCGCUCUUCUGCACAGAUCUGAAUCAAGGCCGAUAAGCCACAAAGUCCUACUCUGCAGGGAAAGCUGGCCAAGACAGGAGGUGAUGGACAUUUGGAGCUGGCCAGGGUCAUCGGCAGUCAAGCGGCUACAAGCUCCUCCGGAAUUGACCUUGUCCCUGGUCACCUGCCACCACCCUCUCCCUGGACCGUUCUAGAACUAACA